CCGUGUUAGUCUUUCUUCCUCUAGCCAAUAUCUGCCACGAUCCCACGAUGAGGUGGCUCCCGUAGAGAUCAGAUCAGGAGUUCUGACCACGUGAUGAGAGGUCAUGUGGUGGUGGGUCAUGUUGAGUGUUUUCAUUUCACCCACCAUGGAUAUCUAUCUCAUUCCUUCUACCAUUCCCUCCUAUUCCCCAUGUUAGAAGCAGAUAGUUAUGGAAGUUAGAAGAACGAAGAUAGAAAAUGGAGGCACAAGGCCACAAGGCACCAACGCAUGUAAUUAGUCAGCCUAUGUAGUUCCCCACAUGGGCCUCGCAAAGAGGCCUGACGGGCGUAUUGUAUGAAUCUCUCUCUCUCGCUCUACCUCCCUCCCCCUCUUUCCUUUCUUUCUUCUUUAGCUUAAUUCUAGCGAAUCAACCUGUUCAAAUUCCUUACUGAGUGAUCCAAGGUGUCAUCGUUACAAUAUCCAAGUAUGGCUCGAAAGACUCCUGUACCGCACUCGGCUAUCCAGCCAAGUCCCGAUUAUAAGGACUUCGGCACCACCCUCCAGCUCCUCCGGCCAUUCCUCGCGGUGUCCGCCAUCGACCUGAUCGGCAUCGCCGUCAACUCAAUCGCCCUGCAAUGGCUGUCCAAACCCCUUCUCGCCCCGGUGCUGCUCAUUCUGGUGUACGUGCUACGGGAAAACCGGGCCAUCGACCGCGUCGCCAUCGGUCUCGUCCUCGCGUGCGGUGGCGAUAUCGCGCUACUUGUCGGCGGCGAAACGGCCUUCCUCGUCGGAAUGGGCUGCUUCCUCGUCACCCAGAUUGCCUUCACCACCGCGUUCUUGCGCCAUCGUAGCCCUCCCGUCACCGCGUUCCUGAUCUACGUUCCCUGCUGGGCGGUAGCGAAUUUCCUGCUGUGGACGCCUUUGGGUCCGCUGGCGGUGCCGGUGCUCGUGUACAGCCUCGCUCUUGCGCUGAUGGCCAUCACUGCGACUGGUGUCUCCUCGCGGGUGGCACUGGGCGGGGGGCUGUUCCUGAUCUCGGACAUGUUAAUUGGGAUUCACGUGGCGGGCGUCGCGGUACCCUGCCAUGGCUUGGCUGUCAUGACAACCUACAUCGCGGCCCUGCUGCUCAUUACCACCGGCUGGGUGGAUGCUACCCCCGGCCGAUAGCCCCUCCUGGCUGGUCGGUGUGCAGCGAGUAUCAAGGCUUAUGUGAAGAACACUGAGACGAAGUAGUCUCCCUUUGACUACUCUCGUAACGUGUUGUGUUGAUAUGAUUCCCAAUUAGGAAAGAAGAGUGAAUACAGGAGACCAACAUGUAAAUAAUCCACCAGCACUCUAAGACUUCUCUUCUUUUCCUCUUUUCUGUAGCUUGAGUUUGACGAGUUUACGGAAAUCGAAUCAACUUCUUUCCCGAUCGUGUCACAUGCUUUU